AUAUCCGAUGCAGCUGAUGACGCUGCUGCCAGUUCCCCUGUUGUAUAGCAGUGGGGGCGAUCUGAUUUCGCUGUACGAGAAUAAGAGUGAGGGGUCAUACGGUCUUGUUGCUGUGCACGUGACUACGCAGCUGGAGCGGAUAAAGACUGUGGUGAAGAGGUGGCAGGAGUUGGAUGAAGCCCUAAGAACGUGCAGACCCACUGCCACUAUCGACCCGGUGAGAAGGGGCAUGUGUAUUCGUCCCAUUCUUACUGACGGGCUUGUUGGCUAUUUGUCUGGUCUGUCAACUGGGAGUGAGUGGAUGGACGAGUACCUCUGCGUGAACGCGACUGUUCAUGGGACGGUGAGAGGGUUCUCCAAUGGAGUGACGUUUGAAGGACCCGGAGCAGGGGCGGGGUGGCCUGUUGCCCGAAGUGGACAGAAUCAACCGUACCAUUUCGUACACAAAACGUUCACUCUAGUGGUGAUGGCGGUCAUCCACGAUAGGCCGAAGAAACGCACCCCCAUUCCUUUGAUUCGUGUGGUGAUGGAUGACGAGGACAAGACUGUGCUAUUUGGUGUGUUUUACACCCAUGAUGGGAGGUGGAUGACUGUAAUUCAUGGUGGCGGUAGACAAAUACUUUCAACAGGGUGGGACCCAGAAAAACCGUGUCAGGUGGUGCUGCGACACGACACGGGCCAUUGGGAUUUAUACAUUAACGCGAGGGUGGCUUACUUUGGCACCUACAAGGGGUCUCUUCUCCAAACAAACAGUAUUUCACACAUCCAAUUCCACGGGGAGAGUGGGGAAGUUGCAGAGUCCAGCCAUUUGUCACUCUUCAACGCCCGUUUCUAUAACCGAAGACUCAAUUCCAAGCAUCUAAGAUGGCUCAUGGUCGGCGAGGCAGGCCCAAAAUACGAUGAUGGCAGCUCUUAUUCUGCGAGUGCGUCGGAGGAAGGAAGCAGAGGCGACAGCUCCAAUUCUGAAAGUUCAUCGCAGAAGGAAAGUGAAGGGGUGAGCUUUGUGCAUGAGAAUGUGUCAUGGAUGCUGUUACUUCUGCUGGGGCUUUGGGGUUUUGCGGCUCUUUACUGA